UCCAUUCAAAUGACGAAAUAUCAAAGAAAGGCUAUGCAAGUGGAGGCUGCCGCGGGGGUGAGACUAAUGCAGACUUGGUAAUAAAUGAUGGUGGUGCGUGGUGGGCGGCCUCUUUUGACACGGCAAGCUGUCUCAGGCCACCAUUUUCAACCUCCACUGUGGAAAAGGCCAUCGGGCUUAUCGUCUUCUUCGAGACUCAGGCGCACGUGAUUCCCUUGUGAACAUCUGGUAUUUUUCCCACUAGGUCAUGGAUUGAGAGCUAUGUGAAUCGACAACUGGGAGAGAUAUUAUAUUGCAGGGGAUCUCUGAUUGGUUUAUAUUGAAACUGCCGUAGAAAAUUUUCAUGUGCGGAUCGGACCAACAUCCUGGACAAGACCCAUUAUACGAUAAUGGAGUAUGGGGCAAUCAGAAGCGCAUUCAGUGCCCAUGAAGUCAUUAGACUGACUGACGAAAGGGCGAAGGUCCAGCAUCCCAUUUAAUCAUCUUGACUAGAAUAUUGACGAAUCACAAAUCACAAACCUCCAUUAUUAAUUUCAUUACUACUAAAAAAAACUCCUUAUAAAGCCCAAAUCAAACCCUGUCCACCCCAUAAAACUUGCUAGUUGCAGCGCCACAGGGUCAGGAAACAUGAAGCUCAAACCCCUAAACCACACCGUUUCUUCUCUCCUGCUGUUCUUCUUCCUCUGCUCCCUCCAUCUCCACUACUCCCAGGCCCAGCCUGAACCCAACGCCACCGGCUACCCCUGCUCCGCCAACCUCUCCUCCUACCCCUGCCACACCUUCGCCUUUUACACUGCCACUUCUCCCAACUUCCUCGACCUAGCUUCCAUUGGCGACCUCUUCUGGGUCAGCCGCCUCAUGAUCUCCGAGCCCAGCAACAUCUCCUCCCCGUCCAACCCCCUUGUCGCCGGUCAAAGCCUCUUCGUCCCUCUCAAUUGCUCCUGCAACUCCGUUAACGCCACCACCGCUAUCUCUUACGCCAAUCUCACCUACACCAUCAAGAGUGGUGACACCUUCUACCUCGUCUCCACUUUCAGCUUCCUCAACCUCACCACCUACUAUUCCGUCGAAAUUGUGAAUCCUACUCUCGUUCCCACUGCUCUCGAUGUCGGCGAUAAAGUCAUUUUCCCGAUCUUCUGCAAGUGCCCCAACGAAACCCAGUUAAGUAACGGAGUGAAUUUUCUCAUUUCCUAUGUGUUUCAGCCUUCUGAUAACUUGACUGGUGUUGCUGCAUCGUUGGGGUCAGAUACAGCGUCUAUAAUAGACGUUAAUGGAGAUAAUAUUCAGCCCUUCCAGACCAUUUUCGUGCCGGUUUCCCGGCUUCCAAACAUAUCACAGCCUAAUGUGACCGCUUCGGUGGCGACCUCUGUUCGGAGGGUUGAGAGAAAGGGGGUGAUUAUAGGAUUGGCAAUUGGGUUGGGAGUGUGCGGGAUCUUGUUGGUUCUGUUGAUUGGGGUGUGGGUUUAUAGACAUGUUAUGGUGGAGAAGAUCAAGGAAAUUGAGGGAGAUAAGGAGAGGCCUUUGAUUGGAAGAGGGACGGGGUUGAAGGCGGAGGAGGUGAAUUUAAUGGCCGAUGUUUCGGAUUGUUUGGACAAGUAUAAAGUGUACGGGAUUGAAGAAUUGAGGGAUGCAACUGGUGGGUUUAGUGAGCGUUCCCUGAUCCAAGGGUCUGUGUAUAAAGGGUCUAUUGAUGGAGAGCUCUAUGCCAUCAAGAAGAUGAAGUGGAAUGCCUAUGAAGAGCUGAAGAUCUUGCAAAAGGUGAACCAUGGCAAUCUGGUGAGGCUUGAGGGCUUCUGCAUAGACCCUGAAGAUGCAACUUGCUAUCUAGUUUACGAGUAUGUUGAAAAUGGAUCUCUACAGUCAUGGUUGCAUGGAGACAGGGAUGAAAAACUAAACUGGAAAAAUAGGCUAAGAAUUGCUAUAGAUGUUGCAAAUGGCCUCCAAUACAUUCAUGAGCAUACGAGACCGCGAGUUGUGCAUAAAGACAUCAAAAGCAGCAAUAUUCUAUUAGAUGGAAACAUGAGAGCCAAGAUUGCCAAUUUCGGAUUAGCGAAAUCUGGCUGCAAUGCCAUAACCAUGCACAUUGUUGGAACCCAAGGUUAUAUUGCACCAGAGUAUCUGGCAGAUGGUGUAGUUUCAACAAGAAUGGAUGUUUUCUCGUUUGGGGUGGUUCUGCUUGAGCUGAUCUCAGGGAAGGAGGCAGUGGAUGAAGAGGGAAGGGUUCUGUGGAUGAGCGCAAGAGGAAUUUUGGAGGGGAAGGACGAGAAGGUGAAGGCAAAGAGAGUGAAGGAUUGGAUGGACGAAGGUCUUCUUAGGGAGUCUUGCUCCAUGGACAGUGUGAUCAAUGUGAUGGCUGUUGCCACUGCUUGUACACACAGAGAUCCUUCAAAGAGGCCCAGCAUGGUGGAUAUUGUGUAUGCUUUGUGCAAGUGUGAGGAUUUCUUCUUUGACAUAUCUGAAGAUGGAUUGGCUCCCGCUGCAGUUAUAGCUAGAUAGAUUGAUCGAAUAGCAAGCACUUCACAGCAUCGGCACGCUGUGCAUAAAAAUAACAUGAUCCAUGUUUUUGAAUUUUGAUUAGAUUGGGACUGGAGGACUGUGUUUAAUAGAGAAGUCUUUGUUUUUUGGUUGAAUAUAAAAAGUCAAAAUAUUUGACUUUUUCUA